CAUCUCAAAUUAAUUUAUUUAUAAAUUUCCCAAAAAAAAAAAUGUACAUCGACAGAUUCCUUGCUUUGUCUCCCAAAAAUACCCACUAAAAUUUAACAACUUCUUCUUCUUCUUCUACAUUUCUCUCAACAAACUCAAAAAGAAAAAAAGAGGAAAAAAAAAAGACACCAAUGAGAGACUUGUAUAUUCUGGUCAUCACCACCAUCACUUGCAUCAUCCAAACCAUCCUCUCCUCCUCCUCUUCUUCUUCUUCUUCUUCUUCAUCAACAGAGAGUGAAAUCCUGAUUUUGCCCCUCAAAACCCAAGAAAUCCCAUCUUUAUCCAAACUCCCCUUCCGCCACAACGUCACCCUCACUGUCUCAUUGGCCGUCGGCUCGCCCCCACAGAAUGUUACCAUGGUCCUCGACACAGGCAGCGAGCUCUCGUGGCUCCACUGCAACACAACUCAAAACAACGCCAGCAAGGAAAGCAACUUCUUCGACCCGACUCGAUCCGCUUCAUACUCUCCGGUUCACUGCUCCUCUCCGGUCUGCACGAACCGGACCCGCGACUUCGCCAUCCCGGCCUCCUGCGACUCCAACGACCUCUGCCACGCCACCCUCUCCUACGCCGAUUUCUCGUCCUCGGAGGGAAAUCUCGCCUCCGAGAAUUUCCAUAUCUCGAGCUCCAAUAUGUCGGGUCUUGUAUUCGGGUGUAUGGGGUCCACAUUCAGCUCCAACGCCGACGAGGAUGCCAAGACCACGGGCCUCAUGGGCAUGAACCGUGGGUCCCUCUCUUUCGUCUCGCAAAUGGCCUUCCCCAAAUUCUCGUACUGCAUCUCGGGCUCCGAUUUCUCGGGCGUCCUAUUACUUGGCGAGUUCUCGAGCUCCUCCUCGGUUUUUAUCUCGCCGUUAAAUUACACGCCGUUAGUCCAAAUCUCGACGCCGUUACCGUACUUCGACCGGGUCGCCUACACGGUCCGGCUCGAGGGGAUUAAGGUUUCGGAUAAGCUUCUUCCGAUACCCGAAUCCGUAUUUGUACCCGAUCAUACUGGGGCGGGUCAAACCAUGGUUGAUUCGGGUACCCAGUUCACGUUCCUUCUCGGGCCGGCUUAUUCGGUUCUAAGAGAGGAGUUUUUGAACAAAACGACAGGCGUUUUGACUGCCUUGGAGGGAUCAGAUUUUGUUUUCCAAGGAGCUAUGGAUUUGUGUUACCGGGUCCCACUGAAGGAGUCCGAGAACGUUUCCAAAGUGGUGCCGAGUGUGAGCUUGGUGUUUGAUGGUGCUGAGAUGAGUGUCUCGGCUGAGAGUUUGUUGUAUCGCGUUCCGGGCCAAGUUAGGGGGACUGAUUCGGUGUAUUGCUUCACGUUUGGGAACUCUGACUUGUUGGGCGUUGAGGCGUUUCUGAUUGGUCAUCACCAUCAGCAGGACAUGUGGAUGGAGUUUGAUCUCGAGAACUCGAGGAUUGGUCUGGCCCACACGCGGUGUGAUCUAGCCGUCCAGAGGCUGGGUUUGGCCACAUAAACCACUCUUACGGGCAUAGGUUCGUUUGUAGCGAAUCAUUGAGAUUUUUGUUUGAAAAAUGCUUAGAGAAAAAUCACCAUAAUAUAAGGUGAGUCUUACGUGCGAAGAUAAUAUUAUAUAACCUACCUUAUCAUAGAGUCCAAGCGCUUAGCAUUGCUAUUUUUGUUAUUGUUGAAUUUGUUAAAUUUGAUCAAGAUCAUCAAACGUACCACUUAUCUCAUCAUCUCACAGAGUGACACGUGGGAUGAUCAAGCCGGUUUUGUUUUACUGUGGUCCGGGAAAGUGGGACCUGUGUUUUGUGUGGCUCAUAAUCAUAUACUUGAGAAUGGUGAUAAGUUGUGGAAGAUGAUUUUUCUUCCGCUCUGUACAUCGGAUCUUUAACCUCCAUGAAUUAUGUAUUGUGUCAUUAAAUUUUUUUCUGUCCUUUUUUUUUUUUAAAGUGAUUAUUUCCAAUCUUGUAAUAAUAUGCUCGUACUAUUGUCGCUUCAGUGUGAGAGUGAAAUGUCGUUUUC